AUGGAAUUAAGCUCGGGAUCCUCCAGUAGUAGCAAAUAUGGAGGGCGCAAAGUCUGUGAUUGUGGAUUACCGGCAAAGAUUUUCAAAUCUAAAACGGCGAGGAAUCCACAUCGAAAGUUCUUUAGGUGUGAGUUGUACAAGGAAGGUGGUAACGCACACUGCAAAUUCUUUAGGUGGGUUGAUGAAGAAGAGGUGAAAGGCUGGCCCCGACAAGCGUUGGUAGAAGCUCAAGUUGAAAUUAACGAGAAGAAUAGGAUGAUAAGUCAAUUAAAAUCGACAAUCAUGGAGCUUCGUGAUGAUUUGGAGAAGCAUCAAUUGGAGAUGUCAUCAAAGAACGUUGAGAUGGAAACAACUGUGUAUCGUCAACGCAUUGUCAUCACUGGAUUGACAGGAUUACUGGUAUGUGCAAUUGGAGCCAUUGUCUUUGGUUGA